AUGAAUAGAGCUACACUAGAGGCGCGAUUCUUAAAGAUAACGAAAAUAUUCGCGAAACUGAAUGGGGUUUGGCCAGAUCAAAAUAAAGUAAAAUUCAUUUUAUGGGCUAUGGUGUAUAUUACUAUGGGAUCGUCUAUCAUUGUACAGGUAGCGAGAGUCAUACAUAUAGGCAGUUUGGAAGUCGUGAUAGAGCAGUCGUCCUUAAUAGGUGCGGGAUUUCUCAUGAUUAUAAAACAUGGUAACUAUGUUCUGAACGCAAAGAAGCUUAAGUCCCUUUUGAAUGACAUGUCCGAGGACUGGGCAAUCAAUCGUUUGGAAGAAGAAUUUGCCAUUAUGGCCACAUACGCUAAUAGAGGAAGCAUUCUUGCGAUGUUCUACUUUGUAAACGCGUGCAUAUGUGCAUUCCUUUUCUUACAAUUACCGUGGACGGCGCGUCUGGUGCACAUGAUGAAACCACACAAUACAUCAUCACCAAUGUUAUACACUAUACCAGCUUAUUAUUUUGUCGAAGAUGACCGCAAAUAUUACUAUUAUAUUCAAAUGUAUCUGGGCCUCUCUAUAUAUGUGGUGCUCAUCGUGUUCAUCGGUUGCGAUACUUGUUACAUGGUCCUUGUGCAGCAUGCUUGCGGAUUGUUGACUGUGACGGGAUACCGCUACAAAAAUGCAAUCAACGACCUUUCUUUCAAUACAAAGGAUUCCGAAAAGAAGGCGAAGGAGACAUAUGAAAGAGUACGCUUCUCCAUACAGGCGCACCAGCGGGCAAUAAUGUCAGUACAUAUUAAUCAGCGAAUACAAAUGUUAUAA